CUGUGCUGUCCCUGAACGCAACACUGCUGAAGCCCGGUGUGGGAGGAGGAGGGGUGAGUGAGGGGGGAGGGUCUGUGCUCGCGCUGAUGCACGCAGCUUCCUCUGUGUGCAGACCCACUGCAGAGUGGGACCCGUCCUCAGAGCCACCGCGUCUCUUUUCUCCCCCUGUCGUCGUGAACCGGAGCAAAGCUGGAGCCGGCGGUCCACUGUCCGCCACCGGAGCAGCAGCAGUUCCAGUGGAGCGGCGCUGAGCGGCAGCCUCCGCCCUGGACCGAUGAACUGGCUGAGAUGUCCCGGCACAUCUACACCCGUCACGGGAUAGGAGGAGACGGGCUGCAGAAGCCUGUGUUUCAGGCUAACAGAGGGACCUAUUCCAGACGCAGCCGGCUGAAGAGGUCAGACGGCAGCACCACCUCCACCAGCUUCAUCCUCAGACAGGGCUCAGCUGAUUCCUACACAAGCCGACCGUCUGACUCGGAUGUGUCUCUGGAGGAGGAGAAGGAGGGCGGCCGGCAGGAGAGGGAGCAGCAGGCCACUGUCCAGCUCGAGAGGGCAAAGACUAAAGCAGUGGCAUUUGCUGUGAGGACCAAUGUCAGCUACUGUGGUGCUCUGGAUGAGGAUGUUCCUGUGGCCGGCACUGCCGUCUCCUUUGAUGCCAAGGACUUCCUCCACAUCAAAGAGAAGUUCAACAAUGACUGGUGGAUCGGCCGCCUGGUGAAAGAAGGCUGCGACAUCGGCUUCAUCCCGAGCCCCCUGAAACUGGAAAACAUUCGACUCCAGCAGGAACAGAAGAGAGGACGCUUCCACGGAAGUAAGUCUAGUGGGAAUUCCUCCUCCAGUCUGGGAGAAAUGGUGUCGGGUACAUUCAAACCAAACCCAAACUCUGCAGGAAAGCAGAAACAGAAAGUGGCUGAGCACAUCCCUCCGUAUGACGUGGUUCCCUCCAUGAGACCGGUUGUCCUGGUGGGACCGUCCUUGAAAGGUUACGAGGUGACAGAUAUGAUGCAGAAGGCGCUGUUUGACUUCCUGAAGCACAGGUUUGACGGGAGGAUAUCCAUCACAAGGGUAACAGCUGACAUAUCAUUGGCCAAGAGGUCAGUACUAAACAACCCCAGUAAGAGGGCCAUCAUUGAGAGAUCCAACACCCGCUCCAGCCUGGCUGAGGUCCAGAGUGAAAUAGAAAGGAUCUUUGAGCUGGCCAGGUCUCUACAGCUGGUAGUGUUGGACGCAGACACCAUUAACCAUCCAGCACAGCUCAUCAAGACCUCAUUAGCACCCAUUAUCGUCCACGUUAAAGUGUCCUCACCUAAGGUCCUCCAGCGACUGAUCAAAUCAAGAGGGAAAUCUCAAAGCAAACACCUGAAUGUGCAGCUCGUCGCAGCAGAAAAACUGGCACAGUGUCCUUCCGAGAUGUUUGAUAUUAUUCUGGAUGAGAACCAGCUGGAAGACGCGUGUGAACACCUGGCAGAGUACCUAGAGGCGUACUGGCGUGCUACACACACUUCACUUAGCACGCCACUCAACCCUCUGCUGGGACGCAAUCUGGGCUCCACCGCUCUCUCCCCGUAUCCUGCUGCCAUUCAGGCCCAAAGAAACCGCAACAGCAACCACACAACAACAGAUCACUCAUCUGUGGAGCGCCGCAGCCUGAUGCCCGCCGACGAGAACUACCACAACGAGCGGGCGCGGAAAAAUCGCAACCGCCUGUCCUCGGGCUCACAGCACAGCCGGGACCACUCUCCUCUGGUGGAGGAAGACUACCAGGAUCCCUACCAGGAUUCUUACAAGCCGCACCGUAACCGAGGAUCUCCGGGAGGCUACAGCCAGGAAUCCAGGCACCGGCUUUGAGCUGUUGGCCUGCUGUAAACAAAGUGUAGGCUUGUCUAUCUCGAAACCAACCACCAUGGACAUAUGAGUUGAGGUGGCUUUGCUGUAACAUGAUGAAACUACUACACUCAUUUGGACUGUAACAACCUCGUAUUGAUGUGUAGUACCUCAUUUUUCCCUUUGGCCUUGGCUCCUGCCAAAUGAGCAUUUGAACCUAAAAAAAAUUAAGAAUCCUGCUCUUGCUUUGAUGUGAACAUGGGAAGGGACUGGAUAUGAAAGUAGCACAAGAGCAGUUAUGUUUUAAAGGGAAGGCUAAAGCUGGACCUGAAUAUGCCCAAAAUGUGGCUUGUGAGUGAAGUACACUAGCCAGGUGAUAGUGUGCGACGUAGGCUCUUCUAGACCCUUCCCGCCAUCUCAGCUAUUACUGUAGCAUGCAGGUACGACUGCAAUUAAAAUGUCACUACCUGCCACAAGCCAGUGCCAGACAGCGAGAGCAUCCAGCGGCAAUGAUCAGCACAGAACCUGUUUGCACGCGUCCUUGAUGUGAGUGUAAUAGACCCAGUGGAAGCCUGUUCCCAAGUCCACUUUGACACAUUUGUUUUUGAAGCGACAUGGAUGGUGUUGUGCUGUUCUCUUCAGGGUACAUACAGUAGCUCCCUGUGCCCCAUCUUUGUUACUUCUUAAUGCCAUUUUUUCUCAUUAACCAUAACAAGACACAAGUAUAAAAAUCACACAGAUACUAAAAUGCCAAACCUCAGGAACGAGAGGUCAGGUAGACCUAGAAACGUGCUGACAGAUGUAGCGUUUGUGUUCUAACCCAUCUGAUGGGGAUUUGAUUCUGAGCUUUAUGUUAAAUCGUCCAGAGAUUUUAUGAUGUAGUUGUUACAAAAAAACUAUUAAGGAAGGACAGGAGUCACUAGACUAGACGCCAGCAUGUUGUUCAUAUGCCAUGCAUUUAUCAGUUGCCAUUGUUUGUCAUGUGUCCAGCAGGAGAUCGUUUGGAUUUGAUAGACUUGGAUUUUAGCGAGUGACUUAUAUUGAGGGCUUCCAUGUGUAUAUACAGUCAGAAUAACUGAAUAAAAGAAAUUUAAUUUAUUAACUGUUUCACUUUUAGUACAUUCAUUUCUAUUCCAUUCAUUCUUCUAUCAAAGCCUCACCAAUAACAAGCUUUCAUAAAAUAAAAAAUAAACUGACACAUUUUCAUUGAGUAGCAAUUUAACAGGUCUUCUUUUCUGUUAUAGCUUUUCUAUUGCAAUCCAUUUGCAUCUCAUUAAAGACUCCUGAUGAGCGAGAAACUAUUUGAAAGCACUUGGACAGGACUGCGCUGCGUUUGUCACAAUGUCUGUCACAUGCUACGUUCAAGGAAAUGUAGAGCAGCUCCCUGCGUUUACUUUAAUUAGACGGAUUCACUCGUAUGCUGCCAGUUAAUGAAGGAUCCAUAUGUUCUAUUUUAUAGACAUAUCCUUGUAUCUUGUAAGUUAAUAUUUGUUGAAAGUCUCAUUUUUAAUUUUUCAGUUCUUAGGCCAGAAAUCUCAUUGUGCUUCAGUGAUUCUGGAAAAGGAAGAUCGACGAGGAGACUUCUGUCCUUAUCUUCCAUAUACAGUAGCUUUUAUCUGUGUUGUUUCAAAGCUCUGGAGCAACAGCUGAAAAGAUUUGAAUACUGCCUGUGUGAGAAUGAUGCAUCGGUUAGAAGUUUGUGUGCACUGUCAUUUUACAAUUGUAAUGAAAUAAACUGCCCUUAUGCUGUUGGA